AUGAGUGCGAUUUCACCAAGUGCUACCGAUGGAAAAAAUGCUGCAGGACCCGUCUAUCGGAUUCCACCUUAUUAUUAUAUACAUGUACUGGACCAGAACACCAAUAUCACGCGGCUCGAAACCGGUCCGAAGACUUUUAUUAAGCAGGACAAUGAAACGGUCACGGUGGGCCCAGAAAAAAUGAUCACCAUUCCCCCGCUACAUUAUUGUAUUGUCGAAUCGCCAGUUGUACGCAACGAGGAAGGUGAAGUAGAAUUCGAUCAAAAUGGUCAACCGAAAUUGGUUCAUGCUGAUAUUGAUAUUCGUCUGACACAGCCUGAUCAAACUCCGUUUCCUCUCUAUCCAGGAGAAAUUCUUCGCCAGUCUGUCACGGCACUUACAGUUGUCCCAGCUAAUUCAGCACUGCGAUUAAAAGCUGUACUCGAUUUUGAGGAUUUGCAUAAGGAACAACGACGAGCCGGUGAUGAAUGGAUGUUCGAAGGCCCGGCUACCUACAUUCCUCGUAAAGAAGUCAAUGUCGAACAACAAAUUCAAGCAACUAUUAUUGGUCCUAAUCAAGCCAUUCGGCUUUGUGCUAAAAAGGACCUUACUGAUCGAUCAGGUCAACAUCGUGUCACUGGAGAAGAGUGGCUACUCAAGAAGACUGGUGCCUAUUUGCCAUUAGCCUAUGAAACGGUUGUAUCAGUUCAAAAUGCCUAUGCUUUAACUGAGAAAAAAGCUCUUCAUCUUCGAGCCCUUAAAACUUUCAUUGACGAUUUUGGUGAACAACGUUUGAAUGGAGAAGAAUGGCUUGUGACGCAUGUUGAUACGGAAACCCACAUUCUCAGUAUAUACGAAGAACUUGUUGCUGUUGUCGAUGCAAUCACACUCAACUCACGACAGUACUGUGUCAUUCUCAAUCCAGUUACCGAUGGCAAACCACAACUCGGACGAAAGAAAUUGGUCGUUGGCGAAAUAUCAUUCUUUCUCCAACCAGGCGAAAAACUUUUAAAAGGCAUUCAAAACGUUUUCAUUUUAGGUGAAGACGAAGGUGUUAUUGUCAAAUGUAAUGAAACAUUUGAGGAUGCACAAACAAAGAAAGUACGUAUUCCGGGUGAACGAUGGAUGAUUCGAGGGCCAACUGAAUAUAUUCCACCUACUCAAGUCGAAGUUGUCACUCGACGACAAGCAAUUCCAUUAGAUGAAAAUGAAGGCGUCUAUGUUCGCAAUAUUAAAAGUGGCCGUGUUCGAACAGUAGUUGGUGAAACUUACAUGUUAACACAUGAUGAAGAACUUUGGAACAAAGAAUUACCCGAACAAAUCGAAUACUUACUAACCCGUGAUCCAUUGACUGAACGCUAUUCUGCCAUGCGUGGAACGGUCUCGGUCAACAGUGGAUUGACAACUAUUGCCUUAAAUAGUCAAUCGAACAGUUCGACAUCACUUACUAUCAAACGCGCUAAAUGGAAAUUGAUUACAUAUCGUGUUCCAUAUAAUGCGGCUGUCCAAAUCUAUGAUUACAAAUUGAAGAAAGCUCGUAUUGUUUUCGGUCCGGAACUUGUCAUGCUUGAGCCUGAUGAACAUUUUACUCUGAUUUCUUUAAGUGGUGGUAUACCCAAAAAACCUAAUCAAGUUAACUCGCUUUGUUUACUACUCGGUCCGAAUUUCUUCACUGAUAGCAUUGACAUUGAGACGGCUGAUCAUGCUCGUCUCUCCCUUCAACUUGCUUACAACUGGCACUUUGAGGUGAAAGACAUAAAUGAUACAAAAGAAGCGGCUAAACUCUUUUCAGUACCUGAUUUUGUCGGAGAUAUAUGCAAAGCCAUAGCUUCACGUAUUCGUGGUGCUGUAGCUAGCACUCAGUUUGAUAAUUUUCAUAAAAAUUCCGCUCACAUCAUUCGUGAGUCUGUGUUUGGUCUUGAUGCGAAUCAGUGUGUACGCGAUCAAAUUAUCUUUCCACAAAAUAACCUUGUCAUUACAUCGAUCGACAUUCAAAAUGUUGAGCCUGUCGAUAUACGUACGCGUGAUGCACUACACAAGAGUGUGCAACUGGCCAUUGAAAUAACGACGAAUUCGCAAGAAGCCGCUGCUAAACAUGAAGCUUCACGUCGUGAACAAGAAGCUAGAGGUUCCUUAGAACGACAGCGUAUCAAAAAUGAAGCUGAAGCCGAAAAGAUCCGACAAAUACUACUCGAAUCACAAGCCCUAUCAGCGGCGAUCGAAUUAACUGGUCAAACCAAAGCAGAAGCUUUGAGUCGUGCUGAAUCGAAGCGUAUUGAAGGCGAAACAGCCGUUCAUCAAGCACGUCGCAAAGCUGAGGCGACCAAAAUCGACGAUGAAGCCGAAUUGGCCCAUUUGAGAUUGAUACGCGAAGGUGAAAUUAGGUUUUUACGCGAACAAAACGAACUAGAAAUUAAGAAAAAAGCCGAAUUGUCUCGAAUCGAGACUGAAAAAUUUAAAUUGCAAGUCGAAUCAAUCGGUACUUCAACUAUUCAAAGUAUUGCUACAUCGGGUCCUGAGACUCAAGUUAAACUUUUGCAAGCACUCGGAAUACAAUCGAUGCUUGUUACUGAUGGCAAAAGUCCAAUCAAUCUCAUGGACUUCGGUCAAGGUCUACUCGGUGGUCUAACAGACCGUCAUGUAAUUAACUAA